GCGCCGCCCCUGGUGCCCCCUCAAGGCCCCCAGCAUGGAGCAGUACAUCGUCCUGGGCCGCAUCGGGGAGGGGGCUCACGGCGUCGUCUUUAAAGCCAAGGACAGGGAGACAGGGGAGCUGGUGGCCCUCAAAAAGGUCCCCCUGAGGCACCCCGAGGAGGGAGUCCCCCCCCAGACGCUGCGGGAGAUCAAGGCCCUGAGGGAGAUCGAGGACCACCCCCACGUGCUCCGGCUCCGAGCUGCCUUCGCCCAGGGCCCUGCCGUGGUCCUGGCUUUGGACUUCCUGGUGGGGGAUCUCGGGGGGCUCCUCAGGGGGACCCCAACCCCGCUGAGCCCUCCCCGGGUCCGAGCCCUCAUGGCCAUGACCCUGCGGGGGCUGAGCCACUGCCACCGGCACCACAUCCUGCACAGGGACCUGAAGCCAGCCAACCUCUUACUGGACAGCACUGGGAGGCUCAAGCUGGCAGACUUCGGCCUGGCCAGGCUGGGGGGGGCCCCCCGGGGGCGUCCCUACAGCCACCAGGUGGCCACCAGGUGGUACCGAGCCCCCGAGCUGCUCUACGGCGCCCGGCACUACGACGAGGGAGUCGACCUCUGGGCCGCUGGCUGCAUUUUUGGGGAGCUGCUGAACCUCUCUCCCCUCUUCCCUGGGGACAGCGACAUCGAGCAGCUCUGCUGCGUGCUGAGGGCACUGGGCACCCCCAGCCCCAGCGCCUGGCCGGAGCUGUCAGCCCUCCCUGACUACCCCAAGAUCCGCUUCCGCCGCCAGCCUCCGGCCCCCCUGCAGCUGCUGGUGCCUGGGGCAGGCCCUGAGGCCCUGGACCUGCUGCGGCGCUUCCUGCGCUACCGCUCGGCUCAGCGCCUGCCAGCCUGCCAGGCCCUCCUGCACCCCUUUUUCUUCGGCCCCAUGGAGCUGACUCCCCCCCCCCAGGGGGGCUCCCGGCCCCCCCCCGACUUCCGCCUGGACCCCCCCCUGCUGCUGCCACAUUUUGGGGUGAAAAAGGACAGAUUUGGGUCAGAGGAGGAGGAAGCAGCCCUGGGGGGCCCUGAGCAGCACCCCUGAGGC